UAAGAACUGAACAUUGAUUUUUGAAGAAAAAAACACAACACAGAUUGUUCCACCCCUUCUAUGCCUCUCAGUCUCACAUUUACCCUCAAGUAUUUUUAAAAGAAACAUUAUUUCUAGGGAAUGUGUCUGGCAUAGCCCUCCAUUGGCAGUCCCAUGACUAUGGCAUUCUCCUCUCUAACUCCAGUCUUUGUGGCAAUUAUCUGCGUCUUGAUUGGAAUAAUAGUCAAAGGCAGAAGGACAAGCUCCAGGAAUGAGCCAAGGCAAACAAGUAAGAAAGUGGAGUCUCGUCCAUGGGUGGAUGAUGAUUUAAAAGACAGCACUGACCUUCACCCUGAGGAAGAAGAUGAUGGUGAAUGGGAAGGAUCAGAGGACAUCACUCACACUCCCUUUUCGUCUGAGCGCUACUCUGAAGAGGACAUGGUUAAGAGAUCAAAGGAUUUUUAUGAACUUCUCAAUAAGAGACGAUCUGUCAGGUUUAUAAGUGAUGAGCCUGUUCCAAAGGAGGUCAUCGACAAUGUCAUUAAAACAGCAGGAACUUCUCCCAGUGGAGCUCAUACUGAGCCUUGGACCUUUGUAGUCGUGCAAGAUGUAGAAAUAAAGCAUAAGAUUCGGGAGAUAAUUGAAGAAGAGGAAGAAAUAAACUACAAGAAAAGAAUGGGAGACAGAUGGGUUAAUGACUUGAAAAGACUGAGGACUAACUGGAUCAAAGAAUACUUGGAUACAGCUCCCUACUUGAUCCUUAUUUUCAAGCAGGUGCAUGGAAUGCUUCCAGAUGGAAAAAAGAAAACUCAUUACUACAAUGAGAUCAGUGUUUCUAUUGCCUGUGGCAUUCUCCUCGCUGCACUCCAGAAUGUGGGUCUCGUGACAGUAACUACGACUCCCCUGAAUUGUGGCCCCCGCCUCAGAGUAUUGCUUGGUCGCCCAACAAAUGAAAAGCUUCUUAUGUUGCUGCCGGUUGGGUACCCCAGUAAAGAUGCCACGGUGCCAGAUUUAACACGGAAGCCACUCAAUGACAUCAUGGUGGUUGUAUAAACAUGGGCCAGCUGAGAAAAGUAUUCUCAAAGGAGCUCAUUUUCCUUGAAAGUAUUCAUAGGACCCAUAUAAAUAUUUCUCAGUAUAUCCUCUAACCAAACACCUUUAAAUUCAUGAAUGCCUAUAUCAGACAGAGAAUUUAGAGACUUAGUUACAUGCCAUUGGUUCUGUUCCAGACUUUGGAAAAGUCUAGAGCUUUUGCUCCUCAAAUCUCCCAAGCAGCAUUAACUGUAAUAUCUAGGAGAUUCUAGGAACUGAAAUCCACACACACACACACACACACACACACCUUCUUAAGUUCUCUUAAUGUCUUAUGAUGUUAAUUAACUAGGCUGACAUGUAGCAUAUACCACUGUAUAGUUGAAGCUAAAUGCAGCUCUUCAGAGAAGGUUGUAACAUCCCUGAAUUAAUGCAUGACCUAUACACCCUUUAGCAACAUUGUUUAGUGUGUAUUUUGAGCAAUCCAUAUCCUUGACACCUUCAAAGCACUAAUAAUGGCAACAGGUGCAUUGGCUAAUAAGAGUAAGCAAUCAGAAUAAAGUAAACUUGACUAGAGCAGAUAUUGAUGAAUAGGAUUAUUUAUUCCAAGGGCAAACAUGCCAUGGCAUUAAAAUAGUCUUCAUCACUUUAAUUUCCACACUCAGUUCUGGUUGAUAUAAUGACUCUUUCUCUAUAUUUGGAUGUUUUUUUUAUUUGAAUCGUGUUUAUGUGGUAAAAUAGUACAGUUAGCUCCUUGUUAUGUAUGGCACUAUCUCUAAAUAUAAAUAUUGAU